GAGCUGGAGCGUGACCUCGAACUUGAACGCCGGAAGGUACGCGAGCUGCAAGAUACCUCACGCGAAAGGGAGAAGGAAUAUCAGAGGCUUAAAGCUCAACUCGACAAAGUGAAAAGAAAGGCAUUACUAGGCCCGGAUAAUACCACCCGCGCGGUCGCUUCAGGUGUCAACGCUCCCAAUCGCACACCGCUCGACAACAUCUCAGUUCAAAGGCAGCCGCUAGGUGACGUUGGCGCGGUGGUGGGUGGAAUGGAGGCUAAUGGUAUCCAGCGUACCCCGCUCAACAACCGCACGGUCCCGAUGAACUUCGGGGGACAGCCAGCUUACCCAUGGUCAAGUAACCGGGCUCGCGCACCCCCGUUGGCGGGUCCCCAGCGCCUGAAUGCUGCUGACCGUUCCUUCAGGGCAAACUCUAUUUCCGAUCAGUCCGAGAGCGCCAACGAAGUAGAAAAUUUGCUUCUACCUAAUCACAAUCGG